AUGACGAUUUGUGUGCGGAGAAAACACUCCAGCCUGAAAUUAUUUGGAGUUUCGGAGUUAUCCUCAAACAUCAACAACAAUGGGCAAGAACAAGAAAAGAGAAAGGACACGGCGCCUCAUCCGCGAAGACCACCACCGAGCGAAAGACGACAGGUCAUCUCGUACGACGACAUCGAGGACGAGGCAGCCCCGCCUGUUCCACGACAGAAAGUCUCUUAUGGCAGCGACUCCAACGACGACGAUGUCGACCAAGUGCCCGAUCAGAGACACGCUGUUGUGUCAAAAGAGGCCUUGAAAGAACGUGAGCGUCCACAGACAGACGUUAUCUACGGCCAAGUGGGCGCCUUCCCAGGACUGGACCCACGCGACAAGGCUCCCUUCUACGGUCCUGCCAACGAUGGCCUCGACUAUCUACGUAUGGUCAGAUCCGAAGCACGCGGUAUCCCGCACAUCGUUCGCGCUCCGCCUCCCCAAACAUUCCAACCUGUUGACGAUGACGAUGACUAUGAAGAACAUGUUGACGAUUACGACGGCUACUACGAGGAAGAUUCUGAGAAUGAAGAUCAAGAGGGUUGGUACGAGGAUGGUGCUUAUGUGGCUCCUUCGAUCGCCGCCNCCAUCAUCGGUCCCGUUCAACCAGGCAUGAAAGCCCAGGAUGCCUUCUACGACUCCCUCAGAAUUCGCUUCGAAACGCUGCGUCGCAACUUGCGAGCCUCACCCUCGGUCCAUGCCGUUCAAUCCCUCGAUGACCAGCAUCCUAUUUCUCUACCUUUUGGCAAUAAGAUGGCCGACAAGGAAUGGAAGUAUCACCUUGUUCACACCACUCCACUUCCUGCUCAGCUGGCUUCUCUUGACUCUCCUUCAAUCCUUCGCUUGUUGAAGCUUGUCGAAGGCCAGCUGGAGAACUGCCGUAAAACAAACAUUCCAAACAAUCUCGGCCUGUGGGCGUGGUCCUUGUUAGCAAAGCUGGACGACGUUGGCUUGUUGCAAACUAGAGAGGUCGGCGUAGUUCGAGAUCUGGCAAAGAUGGCCAUCUGGGUACGUAUGAUGCAUCACAAAGCCAAGUACGGUAGGUCCAACGACCCUGACUACGAACACCUCGACCACUAUCCCGAAGAAAAUGCUGCCCAGAACGAUGAAGGCGAGCUUGUCGCCGCAGACCAGCCAGAUGCUACCGAAGCUGGCGCACCAGAAGCUGAAUCGAACGAGGUUGCAGUCGAAGCACAGAUCAAGGAAGAGAUCACAUCUGCACAGGAUGAACAAGGAAGUGAUGCCAUGGAUUUGGAAGAUGAGGGCCAACUCCUAGACGCCAUUGCUGCUAAGAAGCGCGAGCUACAGAUCGAAGCCGAGGCUCAAGAANAGAACGAACAGAACCAAGAAGAGUUCCCUGACACUAACACGUGUGUGACUAUUGACAUGCUCGUCACGGUGGCUAGCGAGUUCUAUGGUCAGAAAGACCUUAUUGUUGGUCGUCUGCCCUGGGAGCAUCCCACGGAAUGA